UUGGGUGUGGGUGGGGAGGCGAAGCGGAGCAGCCCAGCACCAGCGUUCGGGACCACCCCGGCAGCGAUGGCAGCGGAGGGCCAGGAGAUCAGAGUUUCCAGCCAGAGUUAUGGAGCUGUUGAUCAGAUGUCUCAUGCCUCUGCUGAAGGAUAUUUUGGUGCCAUCGUUCCUGAUGACAUUACUAGUGGAGAAGAACCAUCUGCUCCCCCUGCUUAUCCCAUGGAUGAUGUCUCUGGCUAUGAAGGCACAGCUCUGGGUGAUGGUGGAGGAAUAGAUUUACCGCCUCCAUCAGAUCUGGUGACUGAUCGUGGAGGUGGGCCCCCUCUAGCUCAAACAGACUGGAGCAUUCCUGCUGUUUCAGAAGAUGCAGCCAAAGAAGCUCUUAUACAGUACGCAGCCAGUAAGUGCUGCUACAGCUCAGCCCCUGCCAAGGAAAUGGUGUUUCGGACUCUGCAGCCAUUCAACACCUACAGAUAUCGGCUAGAGACCUUCACUGAAUCCAGAUCAUCUGAGUGGAAGAUAACACCUUACAAGGGUGAAUUUGUUGACUCUUUUUUGCUUGGGCCAGCUCCUUUGCCAUGGACUGUACAAGUGGAAGUUCCUACCAUGUUCACAGACAACAUAACCAAAGUCAAAGUGCCUCAUACAUCUUCAUUAAAGGGCUGCCAUAAUUGUCGAUGUUCAGGUACAAUUCGCUGCACAAAGUGUCAUGGAAGAGGAAAGGAACAGUGCUGGAUUUGUCAUGGCUCUGGGAAACAACUGAGUAAUGACAGGUGCACACACUGCAGUGGUUCUGGAAGGAGCAGAUGCAACAGUUGUUCUGGUUCAGGCCACAAAACCUGCAAAACGUGUGCAGGAAAAGGACAGUUGCUGUACUACAUUGAGCUUCAAGUCAAAUGGCAAAAUAACGUUUUUGAAUACGUGGCGGACCAAAGAUCUGGGUUUCCUGCUGAUCUCUUCAAGGAAGUCACUGGGCAGAAGAUGUUUGUUGAUGAACAGUCCAUGGUUUACCCUGUUGUGAAUUUUCCUGAUCCUUCCAUAAGUCAGGCUUCCCAAAAUGCUCUUGUGCAACAUCACACUCAGUUUGCAUCCACAUCUCGUGUACUGAGACAGAGGCAAACUAUUGAGCUGAUUCCUCUUACUAAAGUGGAAUACGAGUGGCAAGGGAAACGGUAUUCCUAUUAUGUGUAUGGAGAUGAAAAUAGGGUGUAUGCAGAGAACUACCCCAAAAAGUGCUGCUGCUCCAUUAUGUGACUGACUGAUCUCUUCUCAGAAUGCCAAGGCCAAUGGCUGUUGUCCAGAAACAUACAAGGAAAGGAUUAAUCUAGUACUAUUUUGGUUUUGUUUUGGUCAAUAGAAGUUCAUUGAUUUGCAUGUAUGGGGCAGGCUGCAGCAGGAAGAAAACAGGGGAGCAAAAAGUUUGUCAAGUUGAUUAUUCAGUUUCAGGACUGUAUCCUGUAUGUAUGUCACUGUCUCUGUGGGCCACUGGGGGUUUGCUGUGGAUCUCCCCGUCCCACCCUUGCCACUGGUAAAUGCAAACUCAAUUUUGGGUUACAAUACCAUUUAGUUUCUACAAUUUGUGUGGGCCUAGCCUAAUCUACUUUUAUUCGGGCUUCACUGGGUCUCCUGGUGUUAAUAAGGUCUAAAUUUUUAUGAGUAAGGAAAUACAAGGAAAACAGGUCCUAGAUCUUUUUUUUCCAUUAUCAGUAGUAGUAAAAACGAUGUGACCCAACAGUCUGCUCUGUGUUACAUUACGGAAACCCACUGACUUCAGCGAAGUUGGACCAGUGUAAAUCAAACCAAAUUUUGGACUGAAGGUAAUAACAUUGGUGUGGAUCAAGUAGUGGUGGUUAGUAUGUGGCUGCACUCCAGUAAUGCUGUCUACACAUUUCUCUUUGUUGUUUGUGGAUUCUUUUAUUCUUACCACAACUGAGAGUUCAGUGAUAAUAUGGUACCAGGCACAAGUUGAAAAGGUUUUGCUGUGAACCUUCAGAGUUUGCGACUAGCUCAGCAAAGAGCAUGUGGAUGGUAGUGACGCAUCUUACACUUUUAAAAUGUCUGUCUCCACUGCAGUGCUUGGCUUGCUGGUUCAGCCAUCAAUAAUCUUGUCUGUGGGAAACACAGAGGCAGCAUUUUUAUUCUUCUAAUAGAAUCUCCAAAUGAAGCUAAACAGAGAAGGAAAUAGGACAAAUUGUGGAUUUUUUUUAAAUUAAGUAUAUAGGACAUGACCAAAAGCCUUUUGAAGUCAAUAUGAAUCUUUCCAUGACUUCAGUGGAUCAGGUCUCUAAUGCAUAUUGUUAAUCACCCACUAUCAAAUUCUAAUCUUUCUUGCUGCUGAGUUUUCAGCAUGUUUGGAUCAUACCUCAUUUGCCAUGUGACUGUGAUACACACACACACACAUCUAUAAGUUUCUCUUUCUGUACAAAUGUCAUAGUAAUAAAAGAUGACUAGGUAGUAUUUCUGUAAAGAAUAAAUUUAUCUGGGCAGUUGUGCCAACAACACUAUAGUACUAAUGCCCAAGUGUUUACUUGCACGUGCUUGUCAAAUCCGGUUUUUGUAGGUGGGAUAUAACCAGGGUGGACUGCAUUGUUCUUUUAAAUAGUCAAGUGGGAUUUAGUGAUUGUGAUAAGAGCUCCGGAGAAGCUAUUUGUUCACAUAUCGAGUAUAAGCCAUGGGAGUUUAAACAUCCUCCUGUUCUGCUAACACACUGUCAGUGUGCCCUAACCCUGACCUGGAGGGAUCAACUCUGGGGCUAAGAUGGUAGCUCAGUUGCCUUACCACUCAGUCUUUGUCCUCUGCUAAGACUGUCAAUAGUUCUAACUGGUGUCAGUUGAUUGUUAUUACUAUUAGUUGUGUUGCACGGGAGCCCCACUCAUGAACCAGGACCCCACUGUGCUAGGCACUGUACAAACCCAGAACAAAAAGUAAGCCCCUGCCCCAAAGAACUUACAAUCUAAGUAAGAGUUUACAAUCCAAUUUUGUUGGUUUUGUCCUCUAGGAAAAGGACUGAAAUCACUAACCAAUUUUGCAUAGGACAGGGAAAGGCCAUCAGCUUUGGUGACUCACUUGGAAGUGACCUAGAUGAACCGGUGCUAAUGACUGCAUGGGUAAAAUUUUCAAAAGCACCUUCGUCUCAUUAAACAUGGACUCCUAAGUCACUUAGGUGCUUUUGAAAAUGUUACCCAACGUUUAAUAUUUACUUGGAUAACAGUGUCUCUUACCUAAUAUUUUCUAAGCGAAAACCACUUUCAGACUGAUUUAUUGCUGCAAAUGACUUCUGCAAUGAAAACCCAAAGUAUUAGUCACCAUAAACAGAAUAAUUGAGCUCCUGAUACCAGGAGUCAGGAUCGGGUUAUUUUUGAUGCCACAGCACUAACCUUAUUACCUAGUAUGAUUGUAACACUUCACCAAUUAUAAACAGUCAGCUUUAAAUUCAGGGAUGUUUAGAAAGCAUCUCUUUUCUGAUAGUGAAUGUGAGUUUGGAUGGGAAAUGGAUCAGAAUUUAACAAGACUCUGGUACCCUUUGCUUAUACAUCUAAGGUAAAAGAGGGUUUGUUGUGUAGUAGAAUUGAUACAAGUGUCUGGGGUGAACAUUCUGAUUAUAAAUCUCAAUGAGCUCCAUUGACUUCAGAAAAAUUAUUCUGUAUUUACAUCAAUGAAACUAAGAUCAGAUUCUGAAAUUAAUGUAAUUUGUCUGAUUUUUCAACAGCAGAAUUAUGUGGCUAAACUAGCUACUCCUUUGCCCCAGUCCCAUCUUUCCCAGGUAAAUGUGUAUGUGUGCUGGAAAAAUUUGAACAGGCUGAAUAAUUUAAAAAAUAUGGCUCUAAAUGGUUCUCCUUGUGGUAUUUUUGGAUAGUCUUUGUUUUUAAAAUCUUUAACCAGGAUCUUUUCAGCCAAUCAAAUGUUAUUUUUUCAAAAGUGCCUCAGUGAUUUAGAAGUAGAGCUGUCUGGUGAAACUUCAAGAAAACCAUAGUCCAUCACAAUAUAUAGUGCUGUCAAAAUAAAAAUGCUCUGCUAAAUCAGGUCAAUUUUGCUGGAAUUUAAUUGUGGAAAAAACCUGAGAAAAAGUUUUGAUAUUUUUUGUUUUACUUUGAAACCACAUUUUGUUUUGAAUUGUUUUUAUUUUGCAUUAUAAAGUAUUUUUUUAAUGUCAAAACUAAAACAUUUUGACUCACCUGACAGGGAAAUUCUUCAAAAUCUUCCUUUGCAGAGAAUUUAAAAAUAUUUGGUUUGCAUUCCAAUUUGAAAUGAAGCCAAAUUUGAGAUCUUGAAAUCCUCUAUGAAAUGGAGCAUCCAUCCCUUUCAUAGCUUUACUUAACCUAAAUCCCCAAAACAGCCUUAAGCAAUUAAAGAACCUAAGUCCCACUGAAAGUCAGUGAGUCUUGGGGUCCUAAGUCUGUUUUGAAAAUGGGCUUUAGGAGCUUUUGAAAAUUUUACCCCACAUCUUUUCAGGGAAGAGCAUAGGAGGAAUAUUGUUUAGGUGCAUAUACAGAUAAGCAAUACAACAUUUAAAACAAGAGACACAGAAUGAGAUUUUACUACAUUAUGUUCCUAGCUAUAUAUCCUGUCUUUUUAAAACUGGAAAGAUAUUUCAUCAAAUCAGAUUUACUUUUCCAUAAAUGUUGCAUGGCACAGCAAUAUGUGGAAAGAACAACACCAGUUGCCAGUUUUCAAGAUAUGUCUGCAAGGGAGGAAAAUGUGUUUAGUUUAUUGUAAUAACACAUUUAUAAAUAAAUAAUAGUAUAAGGCUCGCUUCCAAUAGUAAUUUCUUAUUUGCUAGUUUCAAUGUUGUACCAUUUAUUAGUUCUAUAGUGCCAUCUAGUGUGUGAUUUUAUCACUGCAAACACUAAAAUGGUUCCCUUUUUUCUGACAACAAGCCGAUUGGGCUUUUUUCUGUUCUCAUUCACACCCAUUUUAAACAAGUGUAACACGAUGUACAUUGACUUUAAUAAAAUAUUUUGUGUCUUCA